AUGGUCUGUGCGCAGCCCGUAGACGAGACGAGACUCAUGCAAGCUGCAGCCAAAGGAGACGUAAGAAGAGGAAGCAAUGAAGCGGGGAGCGGGGGUUGGGAUAAGAUGGGGGAGACGGUUGAGCAGGGGCAGGGGCAGGGGCAGGGGCAGGGGCAGGGGCAGGGGCAGGGGCAGGGGCAGGGGCAGGAGGACCUUACGGGAGGCUGGAGCAGGCCCAUCUCGUUGACCGUCUCGUCCGGUCCGGCGUCUCCGUCAACUGUCAGGUCUGACUUGAACAGCUUCACUCCACUCCAUUACGCCGCAGGCAGCAGCCAGCUUCCCACUAUCAAGGUUCUCCUCGACUUCGGUGCUGAUCGGAGCUUGUGCGACUCGUACGGUCGAACGCCGCUCGAGUACGCUCAUCGAAUGGGCCAAUGGGAGGCUGAAAGACUUCUGCGAGGAUGA